AUGAUUCCUGGUGCUGUCAAGAAGCAGCUGAAAUCAAAACGGCAGGAAUCACGUGGAUGCGACUCAAACGGUUCCGAGAAUGUAACUCAAUGCCUUGAGAGUAAGGAAACCGGAAAUGGAUACGAUAGCUACUUACCACAUGAACCGGGAGCACCGUACAAUAUCUACUUGGAUGUGUUCAAAUACGGCAUGAAGCAGGGACCUGACUGUAUGUUGGGUAACGCCUACAACUACAUGCCGUGGUUGUUCCCGAAUGGAUCCCUCACAAUAAGGAAUGAAAGCGUUGCAUUGGAUUUGUCCAAUCUGAAGCUCCGUGAUCAUGGGCUGGUUUCGAUGAUUGACAGCUUGGAAGCGCUGGUUGUUUACAGUAACAUACGCUAUCUGGCGCUUGGAUUCAACCAUCUCACCCUACUUCCCAUGAGUACAUUGAAGCGCUUUCCUAAUCUCGAGUAUCUAUCGUUAAUGGAAAAUCCACUGGAGGACUUUACACUGCAGCUUGUGGAACGCCCCAAGCUUCCCCAUCUGCCAGCACUUGUUUCGCUCGAUAUGCGCUACUGCCAGUUGCGAAGUUUUCCGCCGGAUUUCUUUCACGAUGUUCCCAAGCUACAGUACCUAUUCUUGGCUCACAACUAUAUCUCGAAAUUACCGGCACCACUGUUCAAUCGAUUGCAUAAAUUGAUUCACCUCGAUCUGUCCCACAUGAACAACACCAAUCGAGAGGAGGAAUUAAGAGAGGAAAACCCGUUUAUGAAGUUGAUAGCCGGUAUGGAUAUGGAUCCGAAUGUAUUUGAACCGUUGGAGAAGCUGCGAUUCCUGGAUUUGUCAUUUACUAAGCUGGAACUGAAAGCCUUUAUAGCGUUGAGUUCACUGGGGACUCGCCUACAGUAUGCAAGUUAUUGCUAUCUGCAGUUGCCGACGUUGCUCGAUCAUAUGUUUUUGAUGAGAAGCAUCAAGAUGCUGGAUCUUUCCGGAUACAUCGGAGGUGGUAGAACCCUAAAUAAAGAUAGUUUUUCAUUGCUAAGAGAUAGCUUGGAAGUGUUAUAUUUCAAGGAUUCCGACAUUCAUCGGUUGGAUUGGUUGGAUGGAUUACACAAACUCAAGGUGUUGAAUUUAAGAGGAAAUUUAGUGGGAUCACUUCAUGAUGCUCCGCUCAGCAAUUUAACAAGCUUGGAAGUUCUGGACAUGAAUGUGAAUCUCAUACAGUCUUGGUCCGAUCGUAUUUUUUCACACAAUUCAAAAUUGAGGGUGGUGAAUCUGCGGAAUAACAACUUAAUGGCGACAACCAGCAGCAUGCUGAGAGAUUUCGAAGGAUUAAAAUAUUUGGCACUUGGCGGAAACGCCCUAAAAUGUAGCUGUAACUAUGUGUAUCUCAUGCGGGUGGCAACUGGGAAUACGUCCAUACUGCUGUUAGAGAGUAAUACUACCCGGGAAAGUAAUUCUACUUAUCCGGUUGAGUAUGCGGUUACACAUGUGAACUUAUUCGAUUAUGAAGACGAGACAUACCGUUGCAUGGAUUAUACAAAUAAACUUCAGGUUAACCCACUCGAGUUGGCAGUAUGUGCACGAGAAGAUGAGGACAAGUACAUUGAUGCCGGUGAAGAAUCACUAGAAACGUUGGAGGAUAUAAUUGAUGAUUAUAUUGCCAUUUACAUUGCUGCUAGCUUUUUGUUUGUGCUGUUUAUGGGAAUUUCGUUUUUAAUCUACUGGUAUUGGUUUUACAUAAAAUAUUUUUGUGUAAUGUUUAAAAAUUCUGCGAUACUGAGUUUUUUCAAUGAUGAUCAAUUAUAUUUGGAUAAAAGUUCGCUCGUCGAAGAAUCGAUGUAUCACUAUGAUGUGUUCGUGAGCUACAGCGAAAACGACAGAUUUUGGGUGUUAGACAGAAUGUUACCAAUGCUGGAGCAGGACAGUUCUAUAUCAGUCUGUUUGCAUGAGAGGGAUUUCGAGGUAGGAUACAGUAUUUUGGAAAACAUCAUUUCUUGCAUGGAUCGAUCACGAUGCUUAAUGUUGAUAGUUUCGGAGAGUUUUCUUCAAAGCCGGUGGUGUCAGUUUGAAAUGCAUUUAGCACAACAUCGUUUGCUGGAAACCCGGCGCGACGAACUGAUACUGGUGCUUUUGGAAGACAUCCCUAAGCGAAAGUGCCCGAAAACGCUUAACUACCUGAUGAAAACCAAAACGUACAUCAAGUGGCCGCGAGAGCGAGCGCAAGAGCAAGAGCUUUUCUGGAAGCGCUUGCGCAGAGCUUUGAUGAUAUCGAAGCGUUAG